AAAGAAAAGAGUGAUGCACUAUUGAAUCCCACGCCAAACCACAGAGCUCGCAAAAAAGCAGGAAAACCAAAAGCAGAGCAUAAACUCGAAACUGCUCUCCCAAUCAUAUUUCUCGUUUUUGUCCUUUUAAAUCUUCAAAAUCAUAACAAACGAAAUUCAUUCGAACAAAUUUUAAACUGAUAAUCAAAUUACACGGUUGAUUUAUACACGAUGUCGUGUUCGUCGUCAUCAGGUUCGGAGGAAGACGAUGAGGGAAUCGAUUCCUAUCGGAAAGGAGGUUACCAUGCCGUUAGAAUCGGCGAUCCGUUUGCUUCCGGUCGUUAUAUAGCUCAGAGGAAGCUCGGUUGGGGACAAUUCUCUACUGUCUGGCUCGCUUACGAUACUCAAACCUCAAGUUAUGUUGCUGUUAAGAUACAAAAAAGUGCUGCAGAAUUUGCUCAGGCUGCUCUGCAUGAGAUUGGAAUCCUUUCAGUUAUUGCUGAUGGUGACCCCUCUCAUUCCAAGUUUGUUGUGCGACUGAUUGACCACUUCAAGCUUUCAGGGCCAAACGGGCAGCAUCUUUGCAUGGUCCUUGAAUUUUUAGGUGAUAGCUUACUUCGGUUGAUCAAGUACAACCACUACAAAGGUCUUGAAUUGAAUAAAGUUAGGGAGAUUUGCAAAUGCAUUUUGACAGGCCUGGAUUACUUGCAUAGAGAACUAGGUAUAUUACACACCGACCUAAAACCGGAAAAUAUUCUUCUCUGUUCAACCAUUGAUCCUUCCAAGGACCCAAUUAGGUCUGGACACAGUCCAAUUCUUGAAAAGCCAGAGGGAAGCCUAAACGGUGGAGCUACCAUGAAUCUUAUUGAGAAAAGGUUGAAGAGGAGGGCUAGGAGAGCAGUUGCCAAAAUUUCAAGAAGAACUUCAGUGGGAGGGGUGCAAGCAACAAAGCCUGAGCGAUCUAUGGAUGGGAUUGAUGUUAGGUGCAAGGUUGUGGACUUUGGAAAUGCAUGUUGGGCAGACAAGCCAUUUGCAGAAGAAAUUCAAACAAGGCAGUAUAGAGCUCCUGAAGUCGUACUUGGUUCAGGAUAUUCCUUUCCUUCUGAUAUGUGGUCAUUUGCUUGCACAGCUUUUGAACUUGCUACUGGGGACAUGUUAUUUGCUCCCAGGAGUGGACAAGGCUAUAGUGAAGAUGAGGAUCACCUUGCUCUCAUGAUGGAACUCCUUGGAAAGAUGCCUCGAAAGAUAGCUAUAGGAGGAACCCGAUCAAAGGAUUAUUUUGAUCGGCAUGGGGAUCUUAAGAGGAUUCGGAGGCUGAAGUUCUGGCCACUUGAUCGAUUGCUUAUUGAAAAGUAUAAAUUCUCUGAGACUGAUGCUCGUGAGUUGUCUGAGUUUCUGUGUCCCAUUCUUGAUUUUACACCGGAGAAGAGACCAACAGCACAGCAGUGUCUACAGCAUCCGUGGCUCAUUCCCACGAAUACUAAUCAAAACGAAAAGAAAAAUGAGCCUAACAUGGAGAAGGAGAAGCUGGACAAGGAGACGGUGAACGUUGGAAUGAGCAAACUUCAGAUUAGUGUGGGUAAAUGAAGAAAGUUUUGCAGUGCUGACACACCACUACCACUACCACUACCGCUACCAGAGUCAAGCUCAUCUCAUUCCUCCUGUAUGAGUAUAUUUGUGAUUGUCAUUUUUUUGUUUGUUAUAUUUUUAAUAAGAUCAUUUUUUGACUAAUGAUUUACUAAAAUGUAAAAUAGUAAUGUACGUUGUGAGGAAAUGACACGAGAGAAAAGUUUAACUGCAA